CCGCUACUUGUCACGGCGCCAUCUUUGCUGCUCCGCGAGCUGAGGACACGAGAAGGCGUUUUGAUGUUGAUUUUCUUUUACCAUUACUUCACUUGCGUUUGAUUGACUCAAAACGAACAUUAUAAUGGGGGUGAAGACGCAGCGUCCUCGCUGCUUCUUCGACAUUGGCAUCAGUAAUGUGCCGGCUGGGAGAGUUGUCAUCGAGCUUUUUUCAGAUGCAUGUCCCAAGACAUGUGAGAAUUUCCGCUGCUUGUGCACAGGUGAGAAGGGAAUUGGCAAGACUACCCAGAAACCCUUGCAUUACAAAGGAUGUCUGUUCCACAGGAUAGUAAAAGACUUUAUGAUACAAGGAGGAGAUUUCACUGAAGGUAAUGGCAGAGGUGGUGAAUCCAUAUAUGGAGGUUUCUUUGAAGAUGAAAGUUUUGCAAUGAAACACACCAAGGAGUAUAUGCUCUCAAUGGCAAACAGAGGGAAAGACACCAAUGGCUCACAGUUCUUUAUAACUACAAAACCAACUCCUCACUUGGAUGGAAUUCAUGUGGUGUUUGGUCAGGUGAUCUCCGGCCAGGAGAUAAUCCGAAUGAUCGAGGGUGAGAAGACUGAUGCCAACAGCCGACCCUACGCUGAGGUCAAAGUGCUCAAUUGUGGGGAACUAAUUCCUAAAUCUAAAGCAAAGAAGGAAAAGAAGCAUCAGUCUUCCAGUGAGAGUGAAGAUUCCUCAGAAAGCUCAUCAGACUCUGCGGACUCUGAGAAGGAGGAAAAGAAAAAGCGGAAGAAACAUAAGAAGGACCACAAGAAAAAGAAAGAGCCGAAGCACAAGAAGAAAGAAAAGAAGGGGUCUGAUGAGGAAGAGAUUGAUGCCCAACCUAUGUCUACCAUUCGCCCAGAGGAGGUCCCACCCGUUCCUGAAAACCGCUUUCUGAUGAGGCGUAGCCCCCAGAAAACCAAAGAGGAGGAGCAGGAAAAAGAACCACGCAAGGAGGACUCUGGUAGAGAGAGGCAAAGAGAGAGAGAGCGAGAGAGAGACCGACCUACGGCGAAUUCGCGCCCUAACCGCACAAGACUGGUGAUGACCAGGUCAGGGCGUAGAAUUAAGGGACGAGGACCUAGGCGUUAUCGGACACCAUCACGGUCUCGUUCACGCUCAUGGGAUCGGUUUCGACGCAGUGAGACCCCUCCACACUGGAGACAGGAAAUGCAAAGGACACAAAAAGCAAAACCAAACACUGCCGCCUCCCAGGAACGAUGGAUCAAAGGGGACAAAGGAGACAUGUCAGAGGAAAAGAAGGAAGCCACUGAGCCAUCUAAUGAGAACAAAGCUGCUGGAAAGGAAGAAGCUAAAAAGAAUUCUGAUAGAGAGAAGGAAGGAAAGCGCAAUAAAUCACGCAGUGCUUCAAGAGGAAAGGAUAGGAAGAGGGACAGACAUCGCUCAAAGAGCAGGGACCAGGACUCACGGAAAAAGGCAGACGCUGAUAAGAAAGCUCGCAGUCGAAGCAAAAGUAAAGACAAGAGGAGAGAAAAGGAUGACAAACGAGGGCAUUCUAGCAGCAGAGACAGGAAAGAGAAGGACACCAAAGAACGAGAGAAGGAGGGGGACCGAGAAAGAGAAGACCGAAGCAAGGAAAGAACCAAACAACACCCUGAAGGUAGUGAAAAGGAGAAAACGAGAGAGGUUGAAAAGAAGAAAAAUGGCGAGCAGCAUCGUGACAGAUCGAGAAGCAAAGAAAAGGCUCGCAAUGCGUCUCGGAGAUCUCGGUCGAGGGGGCGAGGUCAGAGAGGGCAGUCUCGCGACAGAGGCCGUGACCAACAUCACAGCAGCAGUCGGGAUGGGAGGUCAUCACGUAGGUCGCGGAGCAGGGAUCGAGAUAGGGCUCGGGACCGAGGAAGGGAUGCUGAAGACAGAAACCAGAGGAAGAGCACUGGCGAAUCGAAGAGCAAAGAUAACAGAAGCCGAGACAGGAGCUCCAAAGAACGUUCCUCUCAGAAACAACGGAGCAGAGACCGAGACGAUCGACAGAGCAGUAACAGAAAGAGAAAGGAGAAGAGCCACAGUAGAAGCAGCGAUUCUGAGAGUGAUGAAGACAAAGGGAAGAGACGAAAACGGAGCGAGAGCCCAAAAUCGAAAGAGAGAGCGAAGGACAAAUCUAAAAGCCCGAGAAAAGAUGUGAAGAAAAAGGACUCUAGUUCCAGCGAGAGCGAUUAAGAGUCUGCAUGUGUUCUGAUCUCCAGUGUGAACAAUCAAUACAAAGAGACUGCUGACACAUUUGACUGACCGUGUAAACUGGACAUGCUUUGGAUAUUUUUCUUGACUUGACACAAUCGUCAAAAUCUCAUUUCACAUUUGUCCUGCUUUUAUCUGUACUGCAUACUUUUAUUUUCCCCCAGUUUCCAACUUAAAUGAUUACUGAAGAUAAUGGUUAAUUAAUUAAAAUGGUUGCUUACAUUUUUAUUUCUCUUAAGUUUCUGUCUUGGCUGUUUUUUUAAGGGGGUUUGUUGGGGAUAUGUUCGCAUACCUUUGAGUUUUGUUAGGGUUUUAUGUUUGUAAAGAGAACAUGAAAAUGUAGGUUCUGUUCAAUUUGAGAAAUAAAAUUGACACUGAACCUAA